UAAGAUUCUCACAUUGUUCUACAAGCAAAGCCAUUAAACAUUAUACAAAAUGCUAUGGCCUCUCUUACAAUGGUGGGAAAAUCAUGACAGAACCAGUCACAGUUUCUCUUCUAUGGUUUGGAACUAGAUGGGAAGAAUCAGGUAGAGAAACUAUCCGGAACGCGAUCGCGUCUUUAGUUCCAUCUAGGUAUAAUGCUGGGGAUUCUGAGGUGCCUACCUUGGGAGAUUGGUGGGAUAUUGUGAGACAAUAUAGAGACGAUUCAAAUGCUCAAGUGACUGAUAGAGUAAGUGUUGGUGCUGAGUGUUUCUACUCAGGUUCUGAACUCAAUAUGACCCUAGACCGGGUGGUGGAGAUCGGAAAAUCAGUGUUUAACAAGACCGCUGUUGAAGGAUCUGGUGGGAGAUUGAAUUGUACUCGAGUUUUCGAUGUGGAUGAGAACCGUAUUUAUCACAUUCUGUUUUCUUAUUCCGUGAUGUUCUUUGAAGGGCAGCAGCAGAGGGAGUUUACGGACUGGUGUAGUGGGAAGUUUCAGCUUCCAGGGAUGAUGGUGAGCAUGACAUGGGCAAGAGAACCUCAAAUUGCUGCUGAUCAAUGUUCAAUAUCGUUUCGCAGGAGUUCUUAUCUAGGCCCUCCGAAUGGUGAUGAGAAGAUUGACAGCUUGGUGGGUCAUAUGGUGGCAAAAAUAGCAGAAGAGGUAACUGAUCAAGAUGGAAGAGGAUGGAUUAGUAAUGAUGGAACUGGACUGACAAUCAGUAGUUCUUGUAUUUCUCCAUUCGGAGAAGCGAAAACUCUUCCUCCUCCUCUAUAUGUCGAUGAAGAAAGGAGAUUUAGCUUUAAUGCAGUUGGAUUGAAUGGCUAUAGAUACAUUGUGCCAUAUAUUUGGGAUCAGAAUAUCAGAAACUGUGCCUUGAAACCCUCAGAAACCUGUAGCAGAAAUGCAGUUGUUCUUGAGCAGGCGAGCGGGCGCUUGAAGGGAGGCAUUGUGGUGAACCACACUGAUGGUUUGCAGCCAUAUCCUCCAAACCAAAAAUGUCAGUGGGAAAUCAACUUCCCAGAUGCAAAAUUCAUAAGUUUUACUGUCAACUUCCUUGCAAUUUCAGCAGACAGCGAUGACCGCCUCAGAAUUUGCCAGCCAAAUUCAAAUCCUGUGCAAUGCUCAACCAUUCAAUCCAAUAAUGGAGAUUUUGAUAAGAACUUCAAGGUCUUUGGCUCAAAAGCUUCCAUUGAAUUUUCAAGUGGGGAUCAUGUUGCCUUUAAAUCAAGAGGAUGGGAGCUGAGCUAUACUGCAGGAAUGUGCAAUGGGAAGAAAGAUGUUUAUGAUCCUGAUGGAACAAUCGGCAACGCUUCAUCUUCCUAUGUAAAAGGUCUUACUUGUCAAUGGAUUCUCCAUGGAAAACCAGGGACUCCUGUAAACUUAAGUUUCAUUCACAUUAACAUCACAAAGAAUUUGGACUUUCUUGCAAUAAACAAUGGCACAAAGCAGCAGAUAGCCAACUUCUCAGGUUCUUAUUCCGAGUCUGAUCUCCCGAAAAUGAACCUAACCGGUGAGGUUACGAUAAUUUUUGCAACUCAAACAGAUGAAGGACAAGGCUGGUCAGCUAAAUUUCACAUCUCUUCUCCUGUUGACAGAAACAAAAAGGUUUGGCUUGUCAUUGUCAUUGUUGUUUUGGCAAUUAUAUCAGCCAUUGUUUCGCUUUCUUUCGUGGCAUUAGCCAUACUCAAAAGAAGAAGAAUGCAUAAAACCUCCUUGGACUCAGUUGAAGAGCUAAUGCAAGUAAGAGUAGAUAUAAAUAGAGAACUCAACAGAAUUGGAGAGGGACCUUCUGCAAUAGUCUACAGAGCAGUUUCAACAAAUGGAAAUACAGUAGCGGUUAAAUCUCGAAGAGAUUCAUCUUCGGAUACAGGAUUAGAAGAAGAGAUUUUGCUCAAAUCCUCAUUUCAUCCCCACAUUGUUUCCUUACUAGGAUAUGCUCAAGCUCAAAAUGGACUUCGACAACGAUGCUUAGUCUUCGAGUUUAUGCAAAGGGGAAGCUUGAGAUGGAACCUGAGGGAAGAUGGAGGCAACUUGGAUUGGGAAAAGAGGUUAGAAAUAGUAUUACAAAUAUGCUCAGCAAUUCAAAUGCUGCACAUGUACUCGAAGCCUCCAAUAUUUCAUGGAAACAUAACAUCAGAAAACAUUCUUUUGGAUGAAUUCUACAAUGCAAAGUUAUCUGGUUUUGGAGCUGCAAGUUACUUUAGCAGUACUCGAAAUCCUGAAGAAACAUCAGAAAUGGCUGAGGAUAUAUGUAGUUUUGGUCUGCUUCUGGUGGAGCUUUUACAAGGGGAGCCUGUAGUGAAUAGGCAAGGUUGCAGAAACUUCAGCAGGCUUGAGCAGAUUAAUGAUCUGGUGGGUGGUGGCAUCGAGUUUCUCGACCAACGCCUGGCGAUUCCUGAAGAAAAUUGGAAGGUGAUGGGGUUGGCAAAGCUGGGAGAAAUAGCAAAAUGGUGCAUUGGAAGUUGCUGCAGAAUUGAAGGGAAUGAAAAUGAUGCUAAGAUUGGUGAUGUUUUGUCAGGUUUGAGGCAGGUUAAGCAACUGUUUUGUUCUGUUUGAAUGUAGUUUCAGAGGAAGAAAUAGAAUAACUUGAUCAUGUAAAGC